AUGUCAAAACGUGAUUAUCAUUUUUUACAGUCGAAGAAACCAGGUUGGGCCAAUGAGAAAUUUCUUUUCUUAUUGGCCCAACUUGGUUUCUUCGACUUAAAUGGAUAUGCUGUAAAUAUAGCCAAUCAACGAUUGCCUCGUUCACGCACGGUUGCUUAUAUUAAUGAGUCUACCCACAGUGUCUCACCAACAUAUCUAUCAAAGGCUACUGUUCCCACCCUCCGUCAAAAGAAUGCUGCCUACCAGUCCAACGUCAACAAACGUGGCCAUGUCAAGACUAGCUUGAAACCAAAAAACAAGUUCAAGAUCCCUAUUACCUACUGGGCAAUGGCUUUAAUUGCAUUCACAUUUCUUGGUGGAGCACUUGUUCAAGUCUUGAAUCUCAUUGUAUAA